UCAUAUUUUUCUAUUACAUACAAACAUAGUUAUCGUUCUUGUCAUUCUUUUACAUUUUCUCAAAUAAGAACUUUUAUCUUCGAUCAUUCUAAUAAUUUGUCUAUUUAUAUAGAUUCAAUUAAAGUCUGUUUAACUAAAAAUUAUAUUAAAAAUAUGGUGUUAGAAAAUGAUAACAAAAAUUCUAAUAAAACCAAAGAUAAAAUUAUAUUACCGGUUAAAUUGAUAGAUGAUGAAAAAGAAAAUGUUUCCUCAAAACCGGCUAAAGAAAGGAAGAAAAUAACGAUUGAAGUUUACGAAGAUGAUCCAUGUUUACAGGGUAAAAUAUAUGAAGAUCCUAAAGUUGAAGAUACAAAAUUUCUUUCUUCUCCUGGAUUAGAUCCAAGGUUUCAACAACAAAAUCAAACAUUACGAUGCUAUGUCAUGUAUACGGAUUUUUAUCGAUGCGAACAUAUUCUUGGUGAAGGACAUGAAGCUUGUGCGUGGUUUAAACGAGUUUUUACUUCUAUCUGUCCAAACGACUGGAUUAAUAAUUGGGAUGAACUUCGUACAAGUGGGAGAUUACCUUGGCAUAAAUACAAAACUCAAGGCAAUUUUCCUGGCGAUAAAUAUGGCGUUUAAAGAUUAUGCCUGUAUAAGAAAUUAAAAAUCUUAGAUUUUAUCAUUUUUUUUCUUCUUUCUUUUGAGUUUUUUACUUUAUUAUUUUGUUAAUAUCAUUAUACUUGGCACUCCCAAAAGUAUUUUCCCAAGCAUUGUUUAAUAAAUAAUAUAUAUCACAGAUAUAGGAAUAAAAUAUUCAAUUUUUAUUAUACAGGUACAAGACUUUUAAUUAAUUAUUAUGAGGUAACGUAUAUCGAAGUAUGAAAAGAUACUCCACAGAAUCUCCAGUGUUGGUCAUUAGGCCGUCUUCUUCAAUUUCGAGUCUUCGCAUCAACGAUUUCUUCUUUUUCUUCCGUUUUUCUUUUUUUCUUUUUUCUUUUUUAUAUACGUUAAACACACUGAUCGUCAUGUAGCUUAUGUGUAUAUAUAUAUAUAUAUGUAUGUAUGUAUGUCUAUAUAUAUACACAUAUAUAAAUACACACACACAUAUGACACUUUACAUGCGUAAAAAAUAGAUACUUGGAAGAA